AUGCACCUCGUUAGUUUUGCAGUAAUUUUAGUUCUCCUUCGCUCCAUAACCCUUGCAAGAGCAAGAAAUAUAGCGGGCGAAAUCGACGAGUUAUAUUCAGAAAUCGGCUCUCUUUCCGACGAUAAAAACACGGAAAAAGUCCUGGAGGAAACCAAUGAGUGGCUUGAAGAAAUGGAUGAGGACGACCGAAUGGAGUUUGAAGGGCGGUACCCAAGCAACAAUGCCAUAGAGAAUGACCCUGAGAUAAGAGAGAUAGCAAAUAAAGACUAUGAUAAUGCGAUGGGACGGAUAAUCGCCGUCAAUCUUGCCCAUUGGAGAAAGCGACAAGAGAAAAGGGAACUCCAGGAAAAACGGGAAUAUCAAGGCAACGUACAGGAAAUGAUCGAAACGACGAAUCAGGCUAAAGGUUUCUUCUUUGAUCAAGGAGACAUGAUACUCGAUUGUGACCUUUACGAAGAACUCUAUCCUGGAAAGACUUGCAAAACAGGCCAAACGAGAACGAAAAGAAACGGUCUCAGAACUCGCAAACGACUUUGGACGUCAAGGGUGAUUCCAUUUAAAAUUCCACCGCACAUGAGGCACAUCCGGACUAAUCUUAUGAAAGUUAUCAAGAUGUUUCAUAGUGUAUCGUGCGUACGAUUUGUGCCAUACCGGGGCCAGAAGAACUACAUCUUCUUCACCAACGAUGACGGGUGCUCUUCUAAGGUGGGAAAGAGGUAUACUUCGGCUGGCGGUCAGAAAGUUUCCUUGGCGGAGGGAUGUAACUUCGAAGGCACCAUUAUACACGAGUUAAUGCAUACUCUGGGAUUUUUCCACGAGCAAUCCAGAGAUGAUAGAGGCAAAUAUGUUGAAAUCAAAUGGGAAAAUAUUCUCGACGGAUUUUCAGACCAGUUUGACAAGUAUAGCUACCGAACUAUAGACAAGAUUGGACAGAAUUACGAUUUUCAAUCCAUCAUGCACUAUGACAGAAGAGCUUUCACGAAGAACGGACUAGACACGAUCGUUCGGUUAGAUCGACCCACCGGAUGGAAGGAUUUUGGAAUGCCCGGGAAAACGAUGAGUUCUCAGGAUAUCGCUGAACUCAACGUCUUGUAUGAUUGCAAAACAAAAAACUACGGUUGGACGCAAUGGUCGGGAUUCACACCUUGUGAUAAAGAUUGCAUGAAAGAGCGCCAACGUUAUUGUUACAACUCAGGGAACCCCAGGGCCUGUGGUGGCAAUGUGAACGUGUAUGGUAUCGAGACGGUCAGAGUGAAAUGUGGAAGCUACGAGUGCCCAGCUAGAAUAAAUGGACACUGGAGCCGUUGGUCUGAUUGGACUCAAUGCGAUGUUAAAUGUGACGACGGCAAAAGGAAACGAUUCAGAAAGUGCGACAACCCUGAACCAAAACAUGGCGGGAAAUAUUGUGUCGGAGAGUCAAAUCAAGUGGAAGUCUGCACAACAAAGAGAUGUGUUCUCAGAUAUCAAGACACUGAUUUUGAUCGCAAGCCCAUGGGCAUGUGGGUUAACGCGGGACAAAUUCAGUGGAAACGGAAUAAUUAUUUCACCCAGACAAAGGAUACUGGGCCCAGCCGUGACCACACAACCGGGAAAGGCUACUAUCUAUACAUGGAGUCAUCCGCUCCGGCCCAGCCAGGUAGCCAGGCAGUUCUUCAGAGCCCGCAGUGGCUGCGUGCUCCUAAAGGAGGCCAGUGCAUGAAGUUCUUUUACACCAUGUAUGGUAAAACAAUGGGCUCGCUAAUAGUCAAAUUGCAAGAGUUUGGUAAACGUGCAAAGAAUAUUUUUGUCAAGAAUGGUAACCAAGGUGUUCAUUGGAUUGGAGCCAAGGUCAGCCUUGAUAUUCCAGAGGGAACAAAGUAUCAGCUCAAAAUCAUCGCCCGAGUCGGAGACACAGGAUAUUCUGACAUUGCCAUUGACGACGUGUACAUUGAUCCUGGACUUUGUUCAUGUCAGGACGACUAUGUGUCGUGUUCAAAGUGGAAGGCUGCUAGAUAUUGUGAGAAAAAUGUUCAGUUUAUGAGCAAACACUGUGCAAGAAGCUGUCACACAUGUGAGUGCAAAGACGACAGUUCUUUUUGCCCAGCAUGGGCUGCACAGCCAAAUGGUUGCUAUAAAAACAUCGACUACAUGCGUUCACAUUGCAAAAAGAGUUGCCAAGUUUGCCAUCCACCAAGAGGCCCGAUGCCAGCCCAAGCCCAAAUUCAUGCAGGCAACAGGCCACCACCAAUGUGUAAAGAUAAUCAUGAAAGGCAAUGUCCAGCUUGGAAAAAUAUGGGUGAAUGUACAAGGAAUCCGUCUUUCAUGUCGGUGAAUUGCGCUCUGAGCUGCGGAGCAUGUGUGUGCAAAGACAAGCAUUUGAAAUGCCCGCAAUGGGCUCAGAGUGAACAGUGUUCCAAAAACAAGAAGUGGAUGUUUGAUUACUGUCCUAAAAGCUGCCAUGUUUGUGCUUGUGGCGACAAUUUAGCAAAGUGUGGACUGUGGGCCAGGCUGGGGGAAUGCGGAAAGAAUAUUCCGUUCAUGACGGAACAGUGCAAGAAAAGCUGCAAAAAAUGUUGAAUACAUCACAGAAUAAAGGAAAAGCAGUUCUGAUUGUA